AUGACCACACAGUACGAGGUUGAACAUGGAGUGAGCUUCUCCGAACCCCGCCGCUCCCGCCGCGUCGACAUGGCGUCCUUCUUCUCCCUCCUCAACCAGAUCGGCUCCCCCGCCGGCACCGAGACUCCCCAGCAGAACCCUCAUGCGACGCCCACCCCCGUCGACGCGGCCGCCCUCUUCCGGCUCCUCCAGGAGCAGCUGCUCACCCUGCACAACACGGCCCCCACCACGGACAACCGGGACUUCCUGGAGCAGCUGAUCUCGAGUCUCGAGGACGACAUCAACGACCCCCCGUCGAGGCUCAAGGGCGUGAGCCAGGAGUUCGUGGACACGCUGGACCGCGUCAAUAGGAAGAAGCUCGGCGAGGACGACGACUGCGCCAUCUGCAAGGUGCCCUACCUCGAGGACGAGUACUGCCUGGUGGUGGAGCUGCCGUGCAAGGGGAGGCAUCAGUUCGAUCUGGAGUGCGUGGGACCGUGGCUGAGGAGCAAGGGCACAUGUCCCAUGUGCCGGGAGGAGAUGGGCAAGAAGAAGGAGAUUCCCGUUGUCGAUGACGACGAAGAGGACGAUAUGGACAUGCUGUACGGAUGA